UUGUGAGUUACGCAUACGCAAUGACGGACCAAGCUGAAAAGAUAGUGAAUCCGAACGAGCAUUUGGAGAUUCCCAAGUGGAUAGACGCGGAAUACUUCCAGAGGGUUCUGCAGAAAGAUGAACCUGACUUUGAGAAGAUUUUGAAGUUCAAGCCGGUGGCUGCCAUUCCGCCUGGCGAAAAUUUCACAUCAGUUAUGUUGCGGAUUCACUUUGAUCUUCAGAUGAAGAAUGGCAGCACGAAGCACAAGACCUACAUUUUUAAGACCAUGCUGGCUGAAGAGCGUGGUGGAAAGGAGAUUCGCGAAGGUGGCAUUUUCGACAAGGAGCUAAUGAUGUAUCAGACCUAUCUGCCCGCCUUUGAGGAGCUAUACAGCUCCGUCGGAGAGAAUAUCCAGCUGGCCCCCAAAUGCCUGCUUACGGAUCAACGUGAGAACGGCAUACAUUUUGUGUUCGAAGAUUUAGGCGUAAAGAAGUUCAAGAAUGUGGACCGGAUACAGGGUCUGGACCUUGUGCACAUGAAGAGGUCCCUUCAUAAACUGGCCGAGUUCCAUGCGGCUGCCGCUGUUUACGCCGACCAAAAGGGACCAUAUCCUUCGGAGUUCCAGGAGGGAUUCAUUGGCAGGGAACACCUGAAGAUGCAUGAAGAGGGUUUUUUGGUUAAGGCUCGAUCUUAUCACAAAUCCAUGACUAACUGGGGAUUGGAAGAUCCAGAAAAAUAUAUUAACAGCUUUCCUACGGUGGAGCAGUACAUAAAAAUGUGUGAGAGGAACCUGGAGACCGAUCCUUUGGCCUUCAACACUCUUACGCAUGGUGACUUUUGGUCUAGUAAUCUCAUGUGCAAUUACCUAGCCAAUGGUGAAAUCGACGAGGUCAUCAUGGUGGACUAUCAGCUGUGCAAAUGGGGCAGUCCUGCCCAGGAUCUGCUCUUCUUCAUUACCCUCUCGGCGGCCAGUGAUAUCAAGCUGAAAGAGUUUGACAAUUUUGUGAGGAUUUAUUGGGAGCGAUUAGUGGAAUGCCUAAAGCUCCUUAAGUACCAGAAGCCACUGCCCAAACUGCGUGAUCUGCAGACGUCCUUGUACCAGGAUACAAAUACAGUUUAUGCUUUUAUUGCCAUCUUCAACCAUCUGCCAGUGAUUCAAUUCCCCUCCGACAAGGAAUCCAAUUUGCAUUCCCUAAUGCGUGACGAUGAGGAGGGCGACAAAUUUCGCCUGCGGAUCUUUACAAAUCCAAGUUUCUGCCGUUUAAUGAAGGAAAUCUAUCCAUUUUUCUACAACCGUGGCAUCUUUAAUUUUAAUGACUUUGCUUAGGCAACAAAUUGUAAUAAUUAUUGUCUUUUUGACAGCUCUUAAAUAAACAAAUUUAACUUAUUGUCGUAAUAAA